UACCGAUUAAUCAAUGUUCGAAUCAGUUCGAACCGUGACUAAAAUACUCAUGUAACGUUUUAGUUUGUCUAUUGUAAAUUGUUUUGAUUUUUGAUACUGACACUACGAAGCAAGAACGGAUCGCAUUUCGGUGGACAACACUCCUUCCGAAUCUUUUAUUUUAGGUAUCAAGGUUAUACGCAUCGAAUGAGUGACAAUUUAGCAUCAAGAUCAAUAAUAAAACGUUGAAAAGUUAAUUUAUAACGAUGUUCGAGUGGGCAUACAGCGGUGUAAAUAGCUCUAUACCGCGCAACGUCGGUCCAGAAUGCGCAAAUUAUUUGACAUUAAAACGGAGGAUAAUAGAAACACUAUUUAUAUCCGUAUUUAUCAUAUCCUGCAUCAUCUGGGGCCUGAAACGAGUCACUUUGCCAAAGAAUUUGGCCUAUGCUGGACAUGAUCGUGUUGGCAAGCGAGUUCUGUUGAUUAUGAUGACACUCGUUUUGGGAAUGGAGAUUGGUUUUAAAUUCACUAGCAGAACUGUUAUAUAUUUGUUAAAUCCAUGUCACAUUACAACGGCGCUACAGUUGUAUUUGUUGGCUGCGGAUCCUAGUCCAACAGUCAAUGCUAUCUUCAGGAUACAUUUGAACUUAUUGAAUGGACCUGUACUAGCAUAUCUAUUUCCAGAGACAGAAUCUCGAAUUAUAUUUGCAGACAGAGCAAUGUACUAUAUUCAGCAUGGUUUAAUGCUAGUAAUACCGUAUUACUUGUUGAGGAUUGGAGGUGUAUAUAACAUAGAGCCCUUAUCUGAUAUGAGUUGGUCAGUUCUUAGUUAUGGCCUCAAUGCAGGAUAUCACUUUUGGAUUCUUCAAAGCGUUGCCUUGCCUGUACAGGUGAAUCUUAGCCACAUGCUAUGUGCAGCUGUUUUGGAUCCAUUUGAAGGCCAAAAUUAUCGAAUAUGGGCAGUAAUUCAUCAAUCACUAUUAUGUCCCAGCCUAUGCAAACUGUUCUGUUAUGGAUCCAACUUUUUCUUAACUAAAUUUCCACCGACUAGGGUUAAGCAGACGUUAGAAGCCACAAUCCCAAAAGAGAAUUGUACAUACGAACAAAAUGAAAAGUUACACGAAGAUUCUAAUACCUCAGGAAAUGGCCAUACACAUUUUGAUUAGUUUGGUAAAGGAAAUCGUUGUACCAAAUGUGUAUGAACACUUCAUUUUAAUUAAAACUUGUAUAGAUGUCAGUACAUAUGCAAGAAUGUCAAAUUCUUCCUUGCAGACUAAUGCAUUUAUAAUUAUACCCUGACAUCUUCAGACAUCGUCUGCAGAGGAAUUAAACAAAAAAGAGGGAGAUAGGAAAAAUUAACUUCUAUAAGCUUAAUUGUACACUAUUACAAUUAAUACGUACGUAAAACAAUGAUUAACACAUUCCUACUGGAAAUUUUUUUUUAUCAGAAUUAUACACUUGUUCACAGACACACAAUAUACAAGACACCAAACAAAUGAGUUGAUCUUGGUACAAUCAUUGUGAUCAUAUUAGUUUUAAUUCAUUAGUCCAUGAUAUUGAGCGAUAAGUCAAUAGUCAAUUUGAAGUAUAAAUUUCUGUCCAAAUGCUUGUCAUGCCUAGCGCUGUGCAUAGAUUAAGAAUCUCAGUGAUAGUGCGAGGCUUAAGCUGAUGUCCAAAUAAUAACAGCGGCUGAUUAACAAAUCUUGUAUAAACCGCACUAUCUUUUACUAGGUACAAAUGUGUAUUACGAAACUAUCUUGUGUAUUUUUACAUUUAUUUUUACUCAUGCAAUAGUGACUAAUGCAUUCAAAUAACGAAACUGCAAUAUAUUUUACACAUAGGUAAAAUUUUAUCAUAUAUAAUAGAAGUAGAACAAUUAAAACUAUCCUAAAUAAUAUUCUCGCAUGAACAAAAAAAUAUAUUAUCUAUUUUAUGUCCUUUCAAAAUCUAUCUUCAUUAAGAAAAACCAUUUUUGUAUGGAGCUAAUUUUCCACAUAUAGUCAUUGCCGCAGAUUAAUGAAAUAAAAUGGCCUAUGCUGCUAUUCGUGUAGAAUUAAUCAGAAAACAAAACAAAACUUGUAAACUUCCAUAAUUUCAGUAAGCUGCCAUUAGAGAAAGAAUCUGGUUUUUCAAUGAAACAGCCUGGUAGUACAGAAUUUAUGUUACAAGUAUCAAUAAUAAUAUUGAUAAUAAUAGUAUUAGUGACACUAUAUAGUAUUGAUAGAACUAAUAUGAUAGAACGAUAUGGAGAAAGCUAACUUGGCGAUCUUGUAAUUUAAAUAUAACAUACUUCGAUUAUAUAGAAAUUUUUGUGGAAUAUAUAAAAUAUACCACAAAUGACAUGUUAAUCUUGGAGCUAAAGAUAAGACAUCAGGAUCAUAACUUUUGCACGAGAAUGUUCCAGUUCUUGCAUUAGACAUGUGUAUACUAUACUAAUAUUUCGCAAAUUAACCAACUAAUAACAAAUAAGAUUGUCUUUGGCAUGGUACUAUAAAAUUACUCUCAUAAAAAUCAUAGUAUUUUCUAUUAAAGAGGCCUAAAGGUGAAGAGUAUUGUUCAAAGAGGGAACAAGAAUUGUUACGAAAAGAUCAGUAUUUAAACUAACACGAUUAAUUACGUUAUUACAUGCAUUUUAAUGCAAAAUAGAAACAUUCGCAUGCACGCAGAUCGUAAUAAAUUUUUGAAGAGCAAUAUAGCAAACUACUAUUAUCUAAUAGCAAAUACUUUCCAUUUAUUAGCCAUAAACGAAUCCAAUUAUCAAACGCUGUAAUUUAUAAAAAAAAAAAAAUAAUAGUUUUCAAAAAUUUUAUAAAAGCUAGUCUUUUGUAUUAUUAAUUAAUAGAACACUUGGCGCAUAUGUAAUGAAAGAAAAGAGAUAAAUGGAAUUAACUGUCUUAUUUAUUCGGCUAAGCAUUUUUUGACAUUCCAUUCUGAUGAAUUUAGUUAUUUAAUAUUAUUUAUAUUUUUAUAACUUAAUUUUGUAUUUGUAUAUUUUUAACGUGAUUGUGAAAUUUACCUAACUAGAUCAUUAACGAAUUAUUUAUACACAGAACAUUCUCCUCGCUUAUUGGGAUAUACCUCAUUUGUGUAGCUCUCUUAGUAUAGUUAUUGCGUAUCACAUAAGCAUAACAGGGAAUUAAAUUAAGGAAAGUUAUAAUGUAAAGCAGUGAUAUAUCUGGGUAUCUCAUACCAAAGAUUUAAUUUGGUCUUAGAUAAGACGGGUGAUAGAUAUGAUAUUUUCAAGGUAUUGCUAAUAAUAACUGUGUUAGCAGUUACUGGUACUACUUAGAAGCCAGAAUGUGGUUGUGUAUUCUUUUACUUAAAUAAAUUUUUAAGUAAAAGCCAUUUGAGACGUGGCAGUUGCAAUAUUCUUUUAAGAGCUAAGCCAUAUUUUCUUAACGCAUGAUGAAAUAAGUUUGCAGUUUCGUUGUUUGUAUAAUUUGUAUGGUUUCUAGAAUAAUUAUAUAAUAGUAAUAUACGUAUACACAUAUUAAUUGAGAAUAAAUUUUCCGUCAGUUUCAGCCUCAUUUAUAUUGCACUAACAGUAUUGUACAAAUGUUUAGCUUGUGCAAAAUGCGUCGCCAGUGUGUAAAUUGUUCAAGAUUUCGUACAUCGUAUACUUCGCGCUCGCGCAUUGCCUUUAUACAUGCUGUACAAAAAAAUAUGUUAUUUCUUAUUCUAAACAUAGAACAUUCGAUUGUAAAUAGCGUUGGUAGCGAUUGUAAAAAGAAUUUAGGACAUGAUACUCUGGCGAUUUCAUAUUGCAUCUUGAUUUCCACGAUGAAUCAAUUGCAUUUGACUAAGACAGAAAUUUUCUGUUCUAUUCAAAGAUAAGUAGGAAGUCCGAAAAAUGUGGUGGGAUACUUCUGUUUUAAUAAAGUAUAUUCUGUUUUAAUGAAAUGGAAUCUAGAUUGCUACGUGAAGAAUAACAAAAAUGACAAUUUUUGUAAAAAAUAACGGGGUAUGAGGGAAUAAUACAAAGCUUCUGCUUUUUAUUGUUAAUUGAGUUAGAUUGUUUUAAAUAAUAAUUUAUGUAUAUUUUAUGCGCGUAGAUGCCCAAUAUUGGCUAUAUAUGUUUUGUAUAGAACUUUAUACAAAUUUACACAGUGGGAAUGUUAGUAUUAUUUUCACUAUAUUUCUUGUCUUUACAAUAUUAUUUUUGCCAAAUAUAAUUGCGUCUAUCCAAAAAAAUAAGCCAUUGGAUAACACUUACAUUCGCACUCUGGAAAUUUAUCAACAUUGUUUUCUUGUAUUCAAGAGAAUAAGCAUUUCUUCAAAAAGCGUCGAAUAAAAUCGAUACUUAAAUCUAUUUAAUAUAAAUUAAUAUUAAUAUAUGAUAUUUAUAAAGACAGACUUUGAUUUGGUGAUUUUUCGAAUGCACGAGUCUCCGUUUAGGUACUCGAAUACUUGCGAGACAUACGCGUAACAGUGUUACCGUCACUAGCGUUCGAGUUGUGAGAAGAUUGUAAGAUUUUGGAUGAAAUGAAUAAAGGAAUCGUCCGGCUAUAAUUUUUAUUAAUAUACCAAGAUUUAGAAUAUAUUAUAUAUAAUAUCGAACAAUCGACAAACAAUAUCAAAAUGCAAAUAUGUAUAAGAUAACGGUGAAGGUGAAAACAGAACCAAUAAAUACAUAUGAAACAAAGUUUAUUUUCCAAAUAUUUAUAAUCACUAUGUACACGGUUCUGUACAAAAGUUUAGAAAAACUAAUUCACGGACACUACAUACAGCAAACGCAAUCACCAUAAUAAAUAUGUACAUCAUAAAUAAUUUGUCUUACUGAUCACACCUAGUUCAUUCUAAUCAUCAGUAUUCAAUUUUAUAUUAAAAACAGCAUUAUUUAUAAAUACAGACUUAACAGAUUGUAAUAUACAAUCCUGCAUAUUUAUAUAUAUAAUCAACAUAAAAAUUCACUGGACAAUGAAUGAAAAAGGACAAAUUUUAAGAUGUUAUGCAAUAAAUAUUUCUUGUGCAUUCAUUAAUCCACAAUAGUGGCAUAAAAAUUUAUACAGCAUGUACACAAGAUAUUAAAAUGAUAUUGAUAUUCGAUUGACAACGCAGAAUCUAACAUGAUGAGAGAUUUAAAGUCUAAAUCAGAUCAUACAACAUGUAAGAACAUUAAAUGCUUAAAAGACGAGGAAAAACACAUUGCAUUGUUUGCAAAACUUUGUAAUUAUCGAGUGCUUUUUUUUAUCUUUUUUUUUAUAUUUCCCAUAAUGAGAAAUUACCUAGUUAAAAUAGUAUAUUGUUACGAAUCUUUGUAUUCACAUUUCUUAAAAAA